GCGCGGGGCCCGCGGUGAGCGGUGUCGUCCGGCCGCGCGAUGCAUUGUGGGCGCGGCUGAGGAAGUAAAAUGGCGGACCUGGCGAACGAAGAAAAACCUGCCAUUGCCCCACCUGUCUUUGUAUUUCAAAAGGAUAAAGCACAGAAGUCCCCUGCAGAGCAAAAAGCUUUGUCGGAUUCAGGCGAGGACCCCCAGGGAGAGGUUGAGCCCCCCUACCAUGGUCUGGGUCACACAGAACCAGCUGGUGAGUGCGACUCUGAGCACCCUGCUCCUGCUGUGGCCUCAGUCAGUGCUACCCUGAGUCCUGCUUCUGAAGCCCAGCUUGCUCCUAUUCAACAAGAACUGGCAGGGAGAUCUGCAGAUGGAUCAAGUCCAGAAGAUGGAGAUGAAUCUGAUCGAGAGGAUGGAAGCUACUGUCCACCUGUAAAACGAGAGAGAACUUCAUCUUUGAAUCAGUUCCCUCCUUCUCAGUCAGUAACAAAGAACAAUGUCUUUAUGCCAUCAAGCUUUUGUGAACCCUCUGCAGGCAAUUCUGACUCAGAACCAGAGGAAAAGAGCAGUGGAUUCCGGCUGAAGCCACCAAUACUUAUCCAUGGUCAGGCACCUAGUGCAGGUCUCCCUAGCCAGAAACCAAAGGAACAGCAGCGAAGUGUGCUCCGUCCAGCAGUACUACAGGCACCGCAGCCAAAAGCUUUCUCACAGAUGGUUCUCAGCAGUGGCACCAAUGGUGUAAAUAUCCCUCCAGAUUCUGCAGCCACAUCAGAAUCACCAAGUGAUGCAACAUUGAAAAGUUCAGACUCUGAAGACAAGACAGCAGAAUGUCAGAAAAAGGAAUCCAACAAUACUUCAGAUGAUGACUGCUCUGAGAAGGUUGAACUAAAUGCACAGCAAGCAUUCGUUUUUGGGCAAAAUUUACGAGAUAGAGUUAAGCUAGGAGAUGAAAGCAAUGAAACUGCCGAUGUGCAGAAUGCUGGCCUUCUGACAUCAGAUAUACCUUCUGCAACAAACUAUUUUCUACAGUACAUCAGUUCCAGUGUAGAGAACUCUACGAACAGUGCAGAUGCAUCUAGCAACAAGUUUGUUUUUGGACAGAACAUGAGUGAGCGAGUCCUAAGCCCACCAAAAUCAAAUGAAGGUAGUACAGAGAGUAAUAAGGAGAAUGCUGCUACAGAGUCUGGGUCUGAAUCGUCUUCUCAGGAGGCCACGCCAGAAAAAGCUAAUAAUAUUUCAGAAUCACUGGCAGAGUCUGCAGCAGCCUAUACUAAAGCAACAGCAAGGAAGUGUUUAUUAGCGAAGGUAGAAGUGAUUACUGGGGAGGAAGCUGAAAGUAACGUGUUACAGAUUCAGUGCAAGCUGUUUGUAUUUGAUAAAAGCUCUCAGUCUUGGGUGGAAAGAGGUCGAGGACUCCUGAGACUCAAUGAUAUGGCCUCAACAGAUGAUGGAACAUUACAGUCUCGGCUGGUGAUGAGGACUCAGGGGAGUCUCAGGUUAAUCUUAAAUACCAAGCUCUGGGCUCAGAUGCAGAUUGAUAAAGCCAGUGAGAAGAGUAUCCGGAUCACCGCCAUGGAUACAGAGGACCAAGGAGUUAAAGUUUUUCUUAUAUCAGCAAGCUCUAAAGAUACAGGGCAGUUGUAUGCUGCAUUGCACCAUCGGAUCUUGGCCUUGCGCAGUAGAGUGGAACAAGAGCAAGAAGUCAAGAAUGUAGCCCCUGAGCCAGAGGUAACGCAGUCAAAUGAGGAAGACAGUGAUGAUGAUGAUGUCAUUGCGCCUUCAGGAUCAGUUGGAAGUGGUCCUAAUGAUGAAGGUGAUGGGCAGAACGUUGGCAGCACAUAGCAGAUGUGAGCCAAUCUGCUUGCAAGGCUGCUGUGAACACCAUCUUGCAGGCAUCUCUGGAUACCCCAGGCCAGCAAUUCUUUCAGGCGGUUUAGAAAGCUCCAGGACUUAAGAACUGUGCAUCUCUGUUCUGUUUGUUUGGGUUUUUGGUCUGGAUCAGUAGAUUCCACACAAAAAAUAGCAGACUUGGAAACUACCUGAAUGUGGUUUGGGACGUUGAAAGCUCAUCAUAUUGAUGAGCAAAAAAAAAAAAAAAAAUCCAACCCCAAAACAACAUAAACACAAAAUGCAACCACCCCCAACCAUUUCCCCUCUUCCUUGUAAUUAAAAUGGCACAUUACAGCUUGUCACAGCUUUUCAUUGGGACCUUUUGGCUGUUUCUUCAAUAGUUCAUGUCUUGCAGGUCUCCAAGAUAGAACUUUUUGACAUGGUUCCAACUUGAAUUCUGCUUUUAUAACCCCUACUCCCCUUUACGCAGGGAAACCCGGUCCUCACUAGCUCCUAUGCUCACUGGCUGCCCUUUUGGGUUCAUUUGUUCUUUUUGGACUUUAGAUGGGGCAGGUUAUGUUUUUACCAUUUAAUCCCAGCAUAGGUUGUGGAUGUGGACACCAUUGUUUGCUGUCUAGUGGGUUUGUAAACAGAAAGAAACAAAACAUUGUGGUUCACCAGAAAAGCUUUUUUAAUGCGAUAAGAGACUUUAAAGUCUGCAGGACGUUCUGCUAACUCCUUUUUUCUUCCCAUUUCAUUAUUAUUUGGGGAUUUAUAUUGUGGUGAGACUUUUUUAUUUUAGUUUUUCAAUAAGAUGCUCUUGUGUGUUAAAAAAGUGAAACUAUUGUUUUGUACUGUUCUUUUCUGUUACUAUUUAAGGGAGAACUAAGCCACUAUAUAUAAUAGAUGUUGCAUACAAUUUUUCUUAAAAAAUUUUGUUUCUGUGGCUACAGUAAAGUGCAGGAGGCAUACAGGUUACACCUUCAGAAAAGUUAAUGACAAAACAGCUGUUAGCCCUUGGAAGACUAAAAUAGGCUCAUGUAAUGAGCUCUGCCAGCCAUUAAAAUAAAUCUGUAUAAUAAAGCAGCUCUCAUUUAAUGGCUUGAUUCAACAAGCCAUUUAAGCACUUGCGUGACUUAACUGUAUGUGAAUAAUCUUACUGAAGUCAAUGCAACUCUUCAUGCUUAAAGUUGAGGACAUUUUUUUUAAAUCUUGCUGAAUUAAUGGCCUUAAAUAGAAAAUUUAACUUCUAAACCCUUCCUGUCCCUGAUCCAUUUCCUGAAGUCUUGCAGCAUGAAGAAAAAGGUAAUACUCCCAGCCUUGAGUAGUUUGGGCUGAAGGUUAUUGUAUUCUGUUCCACCACAAAUAAAAGCAAAAAUGUGGUUUUCUGUGUGCAA